GAUAUAUUUCAUAGAAACCAUAAGCAGAAGAAAACAAAACUGGAUAAAGCCACAGCGCCGGCACCCUCUCCCACCUGUCAAGUUAUCACUUCACCAAGCCUAUCUCAAGGUAAGCUCCCUCUCUUUACUCUCUUGAAACAGUCCCAUAUGAAUACCUAUCACUUUUCUGGUAAAGAAAGGCAGGGUCUCUUCACAUAGCUUUGUUGGAAUAACUCGCCUUUAACUUCCUGGUUUCUAUGAGAUUCUAUAUUUUAGUACUUUUGUAAGGGAUGGUUUUUGAGUAUUGAUAUUUUGGUUAUUUACAAACUCGUAAGUGAAGUAUGGAUACGAUAGUACAUACAAAUCAUGCCCAUGAAGGGUUUUGUUCGUUUCAACACUUUCACAGGGAGGGUUUAAGAAAUGGUAAUAGGUUUUUAGAAGCUAGGGUUAAGGCUAAAGCUGUUGCCAAUUUUAGUUCUGUGAAAGCUUAUGCGGGAUGCAAACCUGUGGGGUUUCAAAAGCAAAGGCGGUGUGGGGUCCUUGCUGUUUCAAAGGUUGAAAGUGCUGGCGUUAAUGGUAGGUUGCAAAAUCUUGACAGCUCUUCACAAGGGCACUUGGGAAAUGGUCAUGUUUCAUCUAGUCCGCUGAAAUCCUUGCACAAUUUUGAGGAAUCUGGUAGCAAUAAUCAACUCCGUAAAUUUGUUAGAAAUGGUGAACUGGAAGAAGGGUUUAAGCUUCUUGAGGGCAUGGUUUAUCAUGGUGAGAUUCCUGAUAUUAUAGCUUGUACAAGUUUAAUUCGUGGAUUUUGUAAGAAAGGCAAGACUAGGAAGGCUACGCGGGUUAUGGAGAUUAUAGAAGAUUCAGGGGCAGUUCCUGAUGUUAUAACUUAUAAUGUGUUGAUUGGUGGCUAUUGCAAGGCAGGGGAGAUUGAUAAUGCUUUACAAGUUUUGGAUCGAAUGAGUGUCGCUCCAGAUGUUGUUACAUAUAAUACAAUUUUGCGAAGCUUGUGUGAUAGUGGGAAGUUGAAGCAAGCAAUGGAAGUUUUGGAUCGACAAUUGCAGAGAGAAUGUUAUCCAGAUGUGAUUACAUAUACAAUUUUGAUUGAAGCGACUUGCAAGGAAAGCGGUGUUGGACAGGCUAUGAAGCUAUUGGACGAGAUGAGGAGUAGAGGAUGUAAACCAGAUGUGGUUACUUAUAAUGUUCUUGUCAAUGGGAUUUGUAAGGAGGGGAGAUUGGAUGAAGCAAUCAAGUUCUUGAUUAACAUGCCAUCAUAUGGAUGCCAACCCAAUGUGAUUACUCAUAAUAUUAUCUUGCGUAGCAUGUGUAGCACUGGCAGGUGGAUGGAUGCAGAGAGGUUGUUAGCUGAUAUGCUUCGCAAAGGCUGUUCUCCUAGUGUAGUUACUUUUAAUAUCCUGAUUAAUUUCUUAUGCCGGAAGGGUUUACUGGGCCGAGCAAUUGACAUUUUGGAGAAGAUGCCCAAGCAUGGGUGUACUCCUAAUUCCUUAAGUUAUAAUCCACUGCUUCAUGGGUUCUGCAAAGAAAAGAAGAUGGAGAGAGCAAUUGAGUAUUUGGAGAUAAUGGUGUCUAGAGGUUGCUACCCUGACAUUGUGACUUAUAACACUUUGCUCACAGCAUUAUGCAAAGAUGGGAAGGUUGAUGUGGCAGUUGAGAUUCUCAAUCAGCUAAGUACGAAGGGUUGCUCGCCUGUUUUGAUCACAUACAAUACUGUGAUUGAUGGGCUCUCAAAGGUAGGGAAAACAGAUCAAGCUAUAAAACUUUUAGAAGAGAUGCGUGCCAAGGGUCUAAAGCCUGAUAUAAUUACCUACUCUUCACUUGUUGGAGGACUUAGUAGGGAAGGAAAGGUUGAUGAUGCAAUAAAGUUUUUUCAUGACUUUGAGAGAAUGGGUAUUAGGCCAAAUGCCAUAACCUAUAACUCUAUCAUGCUGGGCCUUUGUAAGGCUCGACAGACUGAUCGUGCAAUCGACUUUUUGGCUUAUAUGGUGAUGAGGGGAUGUAAACCUACUGAAUCUUCAUACACCAUUCUCAUUGAAGGUUUAGCUUACGAAGGCUUUGCUAAUGAGGCUUUGGAGUUACUAAAUGAGUUGUGCUCCAGAGGAGUUGUGAAGAAAAGUUCAGCAGAACAGGUAGCUGUCAAGAUGUAGGCUGUGGUGCAUGCUGUAUUUAGUUCUCCUCUGGGUGGCCAAUGGUAAUUCUUGCUGCUUUAUACUGCUUGCCCCACUUUCUGCAAGCUAGGAGACUGCAUUUACUCAUUGUUCUCCUCACUCUUGAAUGAUGUCCAAGUUCAAUUUUGGUAGAUAGCCAUGUAGCCUCCCCCUUUUGCCUGUUGGAGUUCUACUUUUUGGUCUCGAAUUAUACUUUCCACCUGUCAUAAACAUUGGUUUAUAUCCUUUCUUUAAGCUUAUACAUGCUUUUCAGUUUUCUGAUAGCUUGCGGCUGAUGUUGUAGCUAUGUCUUCUGCUCAAUAUAAUGUCUAUUAGUUUCGUUCUUA